AUGGCGCAACCGGCAGAGGGUGCAGCCUCGGACACGACCACCACAACCACUUCGACCAAGACGUCUUCUGGUAAUUCGACAUUAUGGGAAAGAACCAAAGGGUACUCCAAUACAGCCUACGAGAAAGGCCUCAAACCAGGCUUCAACAAAGCCUACAAGGUCGUCGACAAACUAGGCGCCCCUGUCAACCGCUUUUCAAAUAAGAUCGGCUCCGAGGCAUUCUGGCCUACCACGAUGGAUAAGGAAUCUGAAAAGGCGGCUCGUAUCCUGCGUGGUUUUUGCAAAGACGGAUUCUAUGAGCAGAUAGAAGAGAAAGAGGCCCAGAAGGUGGAAACCCGGAGUGCAACGACCGUGGGUGUUCCACAAGGCAAACAGAGGAUAAUAAAAAAGAUCCCAGCCAGUGUCAUCAAAAAUGCCGUUGGCCUGGCCAUAUUCACAACCAUGCGAACCGGCUGGCUUUUUGGGGGCUCCGGAGGCGCUGGCGUAAUUGUCGGAAGACAUCCAGAGACGGGAGAAUGGAGUCCGCCCAGUGGCAUCCAGACUCAAAAUCUGUCAUUUGGCUUUCUCGCAGGAGUCGACAUAUAUGAUACAGUUCUGGUCAUUAACACAUACGAAGCCCUUGGAGCUUUCACGAAAUGGAGGACCACCUUGGGAACCGAGGUCGGGGUUGCAGCGGGCCCUGUAGGAAUCGGCGGUGCGCUCGAUACUGAAUUGACAAAACGCCAGGCCCCUAUUUGGUCAUACGUCAAGAGCCGCGGUCUUUAUGCUGGAGUCGCCUUGGAAGGGAAUCUUGUCAUUGAACGGACUGAUGAAAAUGCAAGAUUUUACGGUGAACAAGUCACCGUCACAGACAUUCUGGUCGGAAAGGUUCGAUAUCCGCCAGUUGAGAAGUACCAAGUCCUUCUAGACACCCUGAGGGCGGCUCAAGGCGACCAAGUGGAUGACAGUUUGCUGCCCGACGCACCAGCUCCAAGUGACAUGGAGAUCAUUCCACCAGGAGGGACCAUAUUUGGAAUUCCGGCAGAGGACGAUCCAGACCCCUAUGGAGUGAAAGCCCUGGAAGCUGAGGGAUUGAACAUCCGAGAGGCUGGAACGCACCAAAGGCCGAGUGCUGAUGCAUUUGAAUUCAAGCCAUCUCCGACCAGUCCAAUCUACUCCCAUUUCUCCCGCAGAAGCGUUGAUGGCUCAAUUCGUUCUCGGACUUGGAGAGAAAGCACUCACAGCCUUGCUAGUGUCGAUCGAGGUACUCAAACAGAUGAGGAAGAGACGAAGAGUGCCGGAAACAGUCCUCGGAGGGACUCGCUGAGGGGACUCGACCAACCGAAGAAACACAGUCAACUCGUGGAUGACACGGGCGAACAACGACAGGAACGGAGAGAAUCGUUUUCAGAUGUAGAUUCUGAUGUCGAGGUCUCGACGGCAGUACCAGUCAUGGCUCGGGCGAGAGUGGUCGAAGUUCCUAAACGUGUUCCCCCAGCAUUGCCGCCACGGAAUCCCGGACGGGUGACAUCUUCGACUUCGGAAACACAGACACCUGUGGACGGCUUUGACAAGAUUGAUUUGAACGGCAACGCUGAACAAAGGCACGAAGGGGGCCAUGUUCUGACGCCGUCAUCCACACAUGAAGCCGCUGACUCUUCUUUUCAUUCUGUACCAGUGACGCCCACUGAAGAGUCAAAGGGGAACCCUAACGAUAUACCAGGAUCUUUUCAAUGA